AUGCAAGGCGUUCAAGAUGCUGCAAAAGUUUUCUUCAUUAAGCCCCGCAGUCGGCGAUGGACCCGCGCGGGUGCUGCUUACAUCCGGUUUUCACCUGGGGCCUCAGCAGCAGAAUCCUCGUCUGGUGGCAGAUUGGCGUUCUUGCAUAAGCUGCUCACUGAACGCCAGCUUGAGCGCGUCGCCAUCCGCCUCAAGGUCUACAGAAACCUGAAACUAAAACCCAGGCAGCAGAACAAGCUCGCUGUCAUCAGAGAUAUCGGGAAAAUUGUACCCACGGAGCACCGCUGCGAGCUGACGAAACUCCUAGCGGCGAGUUUAGAUGUCGUCGACCCCCACCAUUUCUUGCGUCUCUCGAAGGCCACAACAGAACGCCUGGCGACGCAAGACGAAGUCGGUGAUGGGAUGCCGCAGUCUAUUAUGGGGGACUACACAGUGGGGGCGGAGCUGCUGCGUUCUCAGCAUCGAAGCAAAGCGUCGCAGCGAAGCGCCGCGCUCACUGAUGCUGACGGCUCAGAGCACUUAGCCGAAUACACGAUAAAGCCAGGGCCUCCACUGACAUCUGCGCUGCAGGCAUUUUCGGGCUGUGGGAAGAUCCAGGAGCUGGAAAUAUUCGACGACCGCUUGCGAACUCUCGAUCAAACGGAGGAUAAUACACUCCAGGCCAAAGGCGAACAAGCCAUUAGCGACAAACUAGAGAAACGGUUUUCCCCAAUUUUCGCUCUCGCUGAGUUCAGCUCAACCCAAGAGAAACAGAAUGCAUGCAGCACUUACCUUCGCACGUUCGGGGUACCAUGCAUCGACCGACUGGUAUACCCUGAAGAUGCUGCAGUCAAGACAACGCUGAUUGCAACAAACCUGCCCUUUAUCCUUACCCCUGAUGAAAUUGCCCGCAUACUAUCCUUUGCGCUGGUCCACGAUGAAGAAGCCACUUCUCAUUAUCCUGGGGUGUGCCGCAUCCGCAUGACGAACCCAAAGUUGUUCGGGUAUGAACAGCUGCUUGUCGAAGCUCGCUCAGACGCAGCGGAGCCAUUCUUUUUGUUGCCAUUACACAAAAAGAUGCCCAACGCAGAGGCUGUUGACCACGGCUCACCGACGGAGCGUACCAAGCAAGGGAAAGAUAGGUUGCGGCCGAGCAGAAACGCAGAGACAAGCAGUUCGUUAGCGUGGAAGGACACUUUGGGGAACGAUAUCAGCGAAGUGUCUCUAAAUACGACCAGGAGCCAAGUAGUGGAGAGUUGCGAGCAGGGACUACUGGAAAAAUCGGCAAGUGCCACUGGCUGCAACGGCUACUGCGAAUCACGCGACGUUGUUUCGGCCAUAGCUGACGAAAGCAUCUUCAUUCCAAGCAUCGUUGGGCUGCAGACAGAUGAGGAGAUGCGAUACCACCAGAACACAGGCAGAGUGCCCAAUGUUCCUGGAAAAAAGUUUGACAUAGGCCGCCACGUUGUGAAGAAGUUUUUGAUGAACCGCUUGGUCCUGAACAACGAUGGCUUGUUCGUUUUGCGCUUCGCAUCUUUUGAGGCGGCUGAGGCAGCAGGCAACUUGUAG